UGAGAAGUAUGCUUGCUUGCAAACGGCUUAUAUUAGAAACAGAAUCUCUAUAAGCAAUUAGUUUGGAUCUAGAAACCGUUGUACCUUCUGCUGUUGCUAAGUAAUACUCGCAGACGAAAUUUAAUUACCAUUUUUAUCUUUUAUCAAUUAAAAAAUCAUUUCGACUAGAUAACGCUGGAGAUAAUAAACUGGAGGAACAUAAUUGUUUUUUGUAUGGACUAUUAACAGGAUGACAGUUUUGGUUGCAGUCAUCGGAUUAUUUCAUCGCGAUGUGCGAAAUGGAUGUCGUUGACUGUCCUUCUGUCUAACCUAAACUUGACCCCCGACUUGAACAACGUGACAAUGAUGGGUUUCAUGAAUAACUACACAGGCCUCCUUCAGAUGAUUCAGAAUUUGGAUGAUGAUGAAAAGAACCAGUUAAUGCAAGAACUGGGUGUGAGCCUGGAUGAAAUUUAUGAAUGGAUUAAGCCACCUGAUGAGAAAAACCCAGAGGAUGAGCUUGUUUUUUUCUGGGAAUACAGGGCGUACAAAUCAUUAUAUCUCAUCGUCCCACCAUUGUUAGUGAUUCUGGGAUCAGUCGGAAAUAUCAUGUCAUUCAUAAUACUCCGCCAUCGAUAUAUGAUACGCCUAUCAACAUAUUUCUACCUAGCGGUACUGAGCAUUGUGGAUACAUUCGUAUUGUAUAUAGGCCUACUAAGGAAAUGGAUUUCAUAUCUUACUGGAACAGAUUUAGCUAACAUGGCAGGGUGGUCAUGUAAACUCUUACAAGCAUUUGGAUAUGUAGCAUCAGAUUUUGCCGUGUGGUUAAUUAUUGCAGUGACGGUGGAGCGGUUCAUAGUUGUAUGUUAUCCAUUACGCGCUGCCACCAUGUGUAAUAUACCUCGCGCUAAAAGAGUAAUACUAGGAAUAUUUUUUCUCAUAUUUUUUAUCAAUCUCCAUUUUUUCAUCACAGUGGAUGUUACGAAAGGAACAUGUGAUGCAGCGCCUGCUUUUAAAACGCUGGUGACAGAUAUAUGGCCAUGGGUUGACGCUGCCAUAUAUUCAUUUGUUCCAUUUUUGUUGAUAACUAUAUUAAAUACAAUGAUAAUUGCCCAGGUGAUCGUAGCCAGGAGAUCAAGAAACAAUAUGGCCACUCGGGGAGGAAGCAUGGCUUCAAACGGUAAAGAGAAACCAACCCAUGAAAAGAGUGCGAAAUUGACAGUCAUGCUCCUUACAGUUUCAUUCACAUUUCUAGUACUCACUCUACCAAUCAAUGUUGCCAUGAUCGCAAUGGCUAGCUGGAGCAAACACCAAGAUGACAAACAUAUGUACAGUAGAUUCCUUCUUGUAAGGUUUACUACGGAGUUACUCAUGUACACCAACCACUCAAUCAACUUUUUUCUUUAUUGCGCAACUGGACAGAAAUUCCGCCAACAAAUUUUGCGUAUCAUAUGCCGUCGGAAUAUCUAUCAAGGUGGCGCGAGAUCUGAUUUUCACAGUCACAAUACGAACAUGACAAGCAUGAAAAAGGGAAGCAGCUAUAGGAAUGGAAAAUUCCCCGAUAUCGCACCAAGGAUCGUGGGAAUAAACAACCCACCUCUCCGUGAGGCACAUACACGUUUGAUAUUGAAGCAACAAUCUUCGGAUUAUAGUAACACGACUGAUGCCGAUGUGUAGAUUGUGCGCCAAUUGUCCAUAGACCAUAGUAUCACCUCAUAGGUUAGAGAUUUGCACCAUGCCAUGUGUAAUCUGGAAUAUCACUGAUGACGUGAUACACCACUUUUUUAAAACUAUUUGUAAAAAUGAUGAGAUUAAAAUUGAAGCAAAUAGAUAUACAUUCAAUAGUUAGUACAUACAAUCCCACAGAUGAACCAAUCGGUUCAAAACUAGGUCAACGUGAAGAUGAAGAAUCAGUUUCACUAAAAGAAUAUAUAUAUAUAUAUAGUUGAUACGUGAUAUAGAGGAAGGUGUUGGAGAGACAGAAAAUUAUUAAAAAACUGUAAAAUAUAUGUCAGUACACAGUUGCUCAUAUAUCUGGCAUAUUGUGCUCUUCUCAAAAGUCAGUACAGUUUCUAAACUUUCAAAAAUUAUAGUUAUUCCAGGAGACGUUGAUUAGUCUGGAGAAUACGCUUUUGACACCAGUGGACUCUGACGGAUCCUGGAAAAUAAAAAAUAUUUGAAAUACAAUGUAGCGUUUGGUUUAUUUUACUGACGAGACAAUGAAAUUAAUAUUUAAAAAAAGUCCAUUCAUUAGAAUUUGACAGGUUAAAUCGAGGAAAUCAAUGACAAAUUGAGAAGAAUGCCAAAUACGAUUAUAUGAGCAAUAGUGUAAAAGUAACCUUCAAUAAGCACGGCAAUGUGGUCCUUUUCAUCCCAAAUUAUUAGAAACUAAGAAAUUAGGGAUAUGAAAUAUCUGAUAAAAUAGGGAUAAAGAAAUGUCAGAAUUCAUUUAUUGCCAGAAAACUAGAGGAAUUAAUGCAUUUUGAUGAAAUAAACCCAGAACUCUUUCGGUACAAACGUAUCAGCAUCAUAUAAUUCAGAAAAUACAAACGUUCCAGGACGCAUUGUUCGUGAGACGCCAGAAUGAUCAAAACAAUUACCCGCUAUGGUUACGUAAACGGAACGGUUACCAAUAAGG